UGCAGGACUUUGUGUCGCUCGCAGGUAGAUGCAGGCUUCUGGAGGAGACGGUCUACGGGAUUAAGAGCUUCUCUCCCCCCACCCUCCCCCACACGCUGCUGUACCCCUCAGAAUAAGUUGAAGAAAAUAUUGACAAACACGAAUCCCUUGAGAAAAAGAAGAAAACGGAAGGGGAAAGAGAGAGAGAGAAGAGAAGAGGAAAAGAAGAAGAGUGAUAAAGAGGAAGAUAAUAAAGGAGAAGAGGAGGAAGACGACGACAAAAAUAGGGAUAAUGAGAAAGAGAAAAGUAAGACGUAGAUAGAUAAAGAGGAGAAUUGAGAUAACGAGAAGAGGGGAAAUUAAGAGAGAAGAACAACACGGAGAAGCAGAAGAUAAAGAAGCCGGAGAAAGGAGAGAAGAAGGAGAAAAAAAAAUACGAGAAAAAGAAUCAGAAAAGAGAGAGAGAGAAAAAAAAAAAUAGAGAUAAAAUAGAAUAAAAAAACACACCUAAAAAAAUACAAAAGAUAAUUGAAAACAGAGACCGAGAAUAGCAAUAAGAGAGAGACAUUGGGAAGCCAUCGUCUCAGCGUCGCUCCUCAGACCCGCCAUCAUGGGCACUAGCCAGGCUUCCAAAUCGGGAAUGACAUCCAGCGUUAGCAAAAAUGGCGUCGCGAAGCUCGGCAUCGAUCGCGACAAAGAGGGAAUCGUCAACAUCGCUUUCUCGGACGAUACGAUCAGCAUCAAGGGCGGAAACCCCGACGGAAACGUGGAAAUGGGGAAAAUCAGUAGGCGGAGUUCCGUGGUUGUGGAGGGGUUGGCGGUGGCUCAGAGGAGCUGCGAGGAGACCCCGACGUAUGGCACGCAGGUCCUGGGCAUGGCAGUGGCAGCGCUGGCAUACGUGGGCAUUGGCACCAUAAGCGGCUUCUCAGGAGGGAUGCUGCCUCUCCUCACUGAUUCGGACAACGAUCUCCAUCUGGACAAAUAUCGCGUCGGCCUCUUCACGAGUGUGAUUAACCUCGGCGCCGCCGCUGGGUGCAUUGUGGGCGGCUUCCCUCACGUGAUGGUGGGGCACCGCUCGUACCUGCUGGUGGCGCUGCCGCUCUCCUUGGCGGCCUGGAUCAUCCUGGCGAUGUCCAUUUGGGUCCUCUCCGCCCGCGCCUUCCUGGGCUUCACCAUGGGCGUCAUCGUGUUCACGUCGAGCAAGUACGUGGCGGAGUGCGCCCACGACAGCAUCCGGGAGAAGCUGGUCAACGCCCUGGAGACCUCGCGCCAGUUCGGCUACUUCUUCGUGUACGCCGUGUGCUGCUCGGACCUCAGCUGGCGCGAACUGGCCCUCGUCUGCGGCUGCGUCAGCACCAUUCUGCCCUUCAUCGGCUUCCUGUACGUGCCGAGCGCCCCCAAGUGGCUGGCCACGCACAACCGCGUCGACCACGCCUACGACUCGCUCGUGUUCUUCCGCGGGCAGAACUACGACUCGCGGAAGGAGCUCAACGGCAUCCUGGACAAGCUCUCGAAGACCGAGGGGGCCGACAGCGCCCUGUACCAGCUGCGGCAGCUCAAGGACCCGAUCAUCCUGCGCUUUGUCGUGCUCUUCGCCUUCAUCCACUUCGCCAGCCAGUUCAACGGCAACGUGGUCACGGGCGCCUACGCCAUCUACAUCUUCAAGGCCGCCGACGUGAGCAGCAUCAGCCCCUACGUAAGCAUGGUGGUCGUGGGUCUGGCGCGCGUCCUGUCCACCCUCUUCUACCUGGUGGAGGUGGAGCGCGUCGGCAGGAAGCCCCUGGUCAUCGUGCCCUUCUUCCUGGCGGGGGCGUGUCUGUUCGUCCUCGGCGCCUUCUUCUACGCGCAGGCGACGGGCGGGGCCUUCGGCGAGCAGGAGUGGGUGCCCGUCACCGCCCUCUCCUUCUUCUCCUUCUUCUCCAACAUCGGCUUCCCCGUCCUCAACCUCACGCGCGGCGAGCUCCUGCCCCCCGUCGCCCGCUCCACCGGCGGCGCCAUCCUCUACGCCACCUACUACUUCGGGGGCUUCGCGGCCUCGCUCUCCUUCUCCUACAUCGUCUCCGCCAUCGGCAUGCACGGCACCUUCUGGAUCUACUGCUUCGUCAACAUCCUCGUCGUCGUCGUGGACUACCUGGACCUUCCCGAGACGCGAGGGAGGUCGCUGGAGGAGAUCAUGGAGGAGCAGCGGCACGAGGGGGCGUCUCCCUCGCACCAUGACCACGCCUCCUGAUGGGCGGGGCAGCGAGGGCCGGACCCGCUGGGAGGGUUUCGUGCUCCCGCAGGGCUGGAGUCCGCUGGGGUUUGGUGACGGAGGGAUUGGCUAAUCACUUGGCUGCUAGGUUUAGCUCUGUCUUUUAUUGGUAGUUUUAUCUGUGACUAUUAUUAUUGUCAUUGUUAUUAUGAGAAUUAUUAUUAUUUUUAUUAUUAUCUUUUAUUUUUAUUAUUAUUAUUAUUAUU